AUGAGCUCUUGGCUUGCGAGGGAGCUUCAUCCGUCCAGCGUUGGCUGCACGAAUUGGAAGCCGACGGAGCACCCGGAGUGGUUGCUCUUGGAGGUCGACAAUGACUUCUGCAUUCGUGAACAGCAGGUGUCCGUGGCCAAAAGCUUGAUGUUGGAGGGUACAGAGAAUCCAGAAGUUAUGCAGAGCCGUCUUAUGCAAUUGAACAUGGGCGAAGGAAAGAUGCUCGAAGGCAUUGGUCGUUACAGAUGCUGCUCCAGGACAUCCGUCAUCGUCCCCCUUUUGAUUGCAUCUUUGGCCGAUGGGAAGAGUCUUUUGCGUGUCACGGUUCUAUCCUCCUUGCGGCACAGCAAUGCAGCGGAGUGGCAGCACAAGCUGGGUGGUCUUCUAGGGCAUCGGUUGUAUCCUAUGUUCUGCCGCCGGGAUCUCAAGCUGGAGGCGCGGACGGUGAGCAUGUUGUGA